GUUUGACCGCCGCAGCAGACGCAGCCGCAGCCCGACGUGCACCUGCGAGGGCAAAGCGAUGCUCCGAGGUCAUGCCGACCUCGCCGCUACCGGCCUCCUCCUCAGUCGCCUCAACCCAACAGCAGCAGGACGAUCAGGAAGACGAAGACCUCGCACAACUAGGCAGAUGGCUCGAGAGGCAUCCGCACUUGCUGGAGAGGUGGCUCAAGGAGCAGGCUUCGCAGGAACUGAAGCAAAGAGUCCAACAAGCAGUACUUCCAAUCGGCGAAGAAAGAUCCUUGAGAAAUACAGAGAUUUCUUCUGACGUUUUCCAACUUUGGUUGGCAGCCUCGCCAGCCAACAAUAACACUAAGCAAAUUCAAAAUGUACAUUCCGAUAGGGACUACGAUAACAUGGAGGAGUCCGAGCUGUUCAUGGAGCUCAUCCGCGACGUGGCAAACCAGCUGGACAUCGACCUGUUGUGCUACAAGAUUCUCCGGAACGUGCUACGACUGACGCGCGCCGAACGCGGUUCUAUAUUUCUGGCACGUCAACGUGGUGAUGAGCGCUACCUGGUGGCCAAACUGUUCGACGUUCAACAUGACGUAACUUUUGAAGAGGCCGUUAGGCAAUCCGAGGAGUUCCGGAUACCAUUUGGCAUAGGGAUCGCUGGAGCGGUUGCCUUGAACAAGACCUUCGUCAAUAUCAGGGACGCUCGUAGGGAUCACCGUUUCAACUCCGAAAUCGACGUGCGCAUGGAUUACCGUGCCAAUGCAGUCCUCUGCAUGCCGAUCUGUAACUAUGAGGGCGACGUAAUCGGAGUCGCCCAGAUCAUCAACAAGAGACCUUCUGGCGAGUUCGAUGCUCAUGAUGCAGAACUCUUCCAACGGUACCUUACCUUCUGCGGGAUCGGUGUACAAAAUGCCCAGUUAUUUGAAGUGUCCGUUUUGGAGUACAAAAGAAAUCAGAUCCUCCUGAACCUUGCUCGGAGUAUAUUCGAAGAACAGAAUAACCUGGAGUGCCUGGUAUCUAAGAUUAUGCGUGAAGCUCAAGGACUCCUCAAAUGUGAACGAUGUGCAGUGUAUCUAUUGGAUCUAGACUGUUGUGAAGCCGUGAGUGUAUAUUUAGCUCCUAAACACUUAUCGAUUAAUGGGACAGUUCUGUUAUUAAUGCAUUUUCUAGGUCCGAUUUAACUAUUGACCCGCGAAUCAGAUCUGCUACUCAAUUGAUC